AUGGCACUUGACUCUGCAUUAUUUUACCUCGAGCUUCCUCAUACCAUCCAAAUGGCUUAUGCAAUCCAACCACUCAUUGAUGCUGCUAAGCAGUAUCUUGUUUCCCGAUACAAGGAUUUAACCAAGUGCAUGCAACAAGAGGAGGUUAUGGCUUUGCCUCUUUCUGAAAUAGAGGCAAUCUUGGCUAGUGAUGAUCUCCACGUUGAAUCAGAAGAUGUUGUUGCUCGUGAACUUGUAAUUGAAGCUCUACUUUUCAAGGAGCAGCCCCCAGCGUCACUGGAAGCAAAUCAUCGCCGUUUUGUUGAGAGGGCAUAUAAGCUUCGCCAUGUUACAGUAUUACAAGUUCAACUUCCCUGGCAGCAGCACCACUAUGUGGUGGGCUUUAAUCUCAAGCGGGAGGAAUGUGCCAAUUUGUUCCCAUCUGGCCAACUGUACUCUCACCCAUUCCAUUUGGGUGUGCAUGCUUUUUUUCUCAAAGCAGAAUGCAACAUGGACCAACAGAGCUCUUUCCAUUGCUUUGGGCUGUUUUUGGGAAUGCCUGAAAAUGCUUAUUCAGCUGAAAGCAGCUUGGCCGUGGACUACGAAUUUACUGCAAGGUCUAGGCCACCAGAGCCAAUCGCGAAUGAGUUUUUAUCUAAGUACAAAGGCAAUUGUACAUUCACUGAGGGGACGGUUGUUGGCCAUAAAAACAUGUUUGCCAUGCCUUGGAAUUCCUUCAUUGCUCAGGAUAGUCUUUUAUUCAAGGAUGAUGUUCUCCAUCUCAAAGUCAGGCUCACCAUCAAAACCUGA